CUCCAAACGCUGUAGGACAUUAUGUAGGACUGCUCAUCCAACUGCUGGUUCUCUGCAAUCUAUAAUGUUAAAUAACUGGAAGUCUUCACUUGUCUUUUGCCAACUGAGAUGGCAUUUGCCAACUUCUUUUGCCAGCUCCAGAGGCCUGAGUGCCAUGCCAGAGGGGUCCCAUUCUGUUCUCCACCAGGGCCCAAUGGGGGAAGAAUCUCCUCAGUUGUCCUCGCCCCUCUCCACCAGCGAACAUGACCAGCCAAACGUUGACUUGAGCCCAGACUGUUACAGCCGGCUAUGUGUGGAGCCACUGGAUGGAGAGGGUGACCGUCCAGUGAGCCUGGUGUCCACCCUGUCCUCUGGUUCAUCCCGUGAUAGUCGCAGCCUUUUUGGGAGCACCGUAGCCCUUCCUUCCUCCACCACCCCACCCAUACAGAGCGAGGAGGACAUAGACUUGGAGCUGAGCCCAGCCGAAGGCACCUGUGAGCAAGCAGGGGACCAGAGUCCCACCCUUACAGGCUCCAGGGGCCGCUGGCGGGAGCGGCUGCAGCCCAGGGUGAUCAGCAACCAGUGGAACAACAACAACGCAACCUCCAACAGGAAGUCAAGCAGUGAAAUACCUCACAUCCUCGCCUCGCCUGUCAUCACGGACGCCAUGGCGCCCAACCCAAAGCUGACCUAUGUGGACCGCGUUGUCAUGGAGAUCAUUGAGACAGAGCGCAUGUACGUCAAGGACCUGCGCAGCAUCGUGGAGGACUACUUGGCUCACAUUAUCGAUAUGAGUAACCUUCCCAUACGGCCAGAGCAGGUGUGUGCCCUGUUUGGAAACAUAGAGGACAUCUAUGAGUUCAACAGUGAACUGCUGCAGUCCUUGGACACGUGUAAGAACGACCCUGUGGCCAUCGCUCGAUGCUUUGUAGAUAAGAGUGAAUACUUUGAAAUAUACACUCAGUAUUGCACCAACUAUCCAAACUCAGUGGCAGCACUGACUGAUUGCAUGAGCAGUAAAACUUUGGCCAAGUUCUUCAGAGAUCGACAGGCUGCCCUGAAGCGCUCCCUCCCUUUGGGCUCCUAUCUGUUAAAGCCAGUCCAGAGGAUCCUAAAAUACCACCUUCUGCUUCAGGAAAUCGCAAAGCACUUUGACCCAGACGAGGAGGGCUAUGAGGUCGUUCAAGAGGCCAUAGACACCAUGACCGGAGUGGCCUGGUACAUCAACGAUAUGAAAAGGAAACACGAACACGCUGUCAGAGUGCAGGAGAUACAGUCUCUUCUGAUCAACUGGAAGGGUCCUGACCUGACCACCUAUGGAGAGCUGGUGCUGGAGGGCAACUUUCAUGUCCUGCGGGCGAAGAACACCCGUACGCUCUUUCUCUUUGAAAGGAUGCUCCUCAUUACCAAGAGAAGAGGGGAACACUAUGUCUACAAGAUCCACAUCUCAUGCUCCACCCUGAUGCUACUUGACAGCGCCAAGGAUCCCCUGCUCUUCAGUGUCAUCCAUUUCAAGCAUCCCAAGCAACCCCACACAGUGCAGGCCAAGUCAGUAGAAGAGAAGCGUCUCUGGGCCCAUCACAUUAAGAGGCUCAUUCUUGAGAACCACAACACCAUUGUCCCACAGAAGGCAAAAGGAGCCAUCCUGGACAAUUCGAACUAUCCAGGGAAGUACCACUAUAGUCCUGAGAGGGUGAAGAAAACGGAGUACUACCAAGCUGACGACUUCCAUGUUGGAGGGCGAAAUGGGAGAAGGAGAUCAGAGCCUGCUAAACAAAUCAUAAGGAGCACAAAAGCUGUUUUGAAGCAUGCAGACAGUGAGGGUGCACUGCUGGGGGAGAGGUGCUCCCUUCAGCCAGCCACUAGUGCCAGUACGCUGACCUCCAGCCUAGGCGAGCCCCAGGCUGAAAGGCCAUGUGUGGAGGAUCUUAUUCCCAGAAGGGACUCUCUGGAGCAGCUAAGUCCUACUGACAGUGACCCAAAACUGGGAUUAUCACCCAGUGAGGGGGGGCUGGAGCUGGAGGAGACAAAGGAGGAGGAUGAUGAGGAGGGGGAGAGUUACAAGGAAGAUAUACUGAUGGGAGACGACCAGGUAGCCGACUUUGCCAGCUCAGUGCUGGAAGCCAUCUCCUGCUGGCACUAUAAAGCCAGGGCUUUGCUUUCUACUCACUUCACAACGGAUGACCAGAACAGAGAUCCGACUGAACUGAAAACGACGCAGAGCGAGGUGGUAGAAACUCACAAGUGGAAGGAAAAACAUGUGGAUGUGCCUGUGAAAGAAACUCUCGCCUCACAGGUCAGUGUGGAGGAGCUGUGCCCUCUAGACUGUGUCCCUCAAGAAAAGAAGAAGAGCGAUCAGCUGGAGGUGUAUUACCCCCAGUGCCCCGAGUCUCCCAUCUCUCCUUUGCAACAAGAAACCAACACACCAGAACCUCAGGAUACCUCAAGAGAAACUGGAGAGGAAGAAGGCGGCGAGAGUGACUCCUCUGGUCUCCAAGUGGAGGAGACGAGUGUACUGACAAAUGGGGAGCUCUCGGAGGAGGAAGAGGAGGUGCUUUCAGACAAUAAAAGUAUCCUACCUUCGUCUGUACUGGACCAGGCAAGUGUGAUAGCUGAGCGUUUCAUCAGCAGCCUGUCCAGACGGAGCAGUCUGGUUUCAGAGGACUUGGGUUCCCUCGCCUGCCCCUCACCCUCAAUAGAUAAUGACGCCUUCAAAAGCCCCUCGGCUAGCACGGACUUAGAGAAACAGAGCCAAAUGUUGGCCACCUCUUCCCCAGAGCCACAGGUGAACUUAGCUGAUCUGUCAACACCUGCUCAUGAACCUGCACUGAGCACCCUCAUUGAAGGGGAACGCAGGUCCACUCUCUCUAAACAAGAUCGGCUCCUCAUCCACAAGAUCAGAAGAUACUACGAACACGCUGAGGACCAGGAUGCUGACUUUAGCAUCAAGCGCAGGGAAAGCCUCUCCUAUAUCCCAGCAGGUCUGGUCCGGCACCUGAGCCGACAGCUCAACAGUGGUCCUCAGGAGCAGGCCGUCCCAGUCCACAGGAAAGGCCUCUCUCAGAACCGCCCCACUUCCUGGUCUGUCUUUGACCUUCCUGGCUUAGAAAAGAGUCGAAAAACCAACACUCAUCAAAAAAUUGAAUUGCAGAGGCCAGUGGAAGCCAAGGCUAAAUCUCCGAGUCUUGCAGAUGCCUCUACCACAGAAGAAGAGUUCAGACCCUCAUCAGACAUGCUCAGUGUUUGGCAAGACAUGGAAAUGGAGAAGGGGAACCAGGAAGUCCAGCAGACUGCAGAGGAGAAACUAAAUGACUCAACAUUAGAAGCAGCACAGGAUAUCAGCUCACACACUUCAGACGAUGCAAAAAGGAAGCAACCGCCUCCGAUUGUAGAAGAGUCUGAGAUGAGCACUGUCUCCAAUGACUCCUCUAUCUCAUCACCCACCGCAACCUUUCCAGCAGUGGAGGGGGGAUCCUGUCAGGACUCUAAGACAUGCAGGUCUCCCUUGCCUCAAGAGAACAGCCAUGUCAACCACGGCCAACUACCCAAGAUCAUUAACUUCCGAACAAGUAUGGACGAGGACCAGAUCUUACAAGACAUGGGAAAGAUGAAAAACAAGGUGUUCCAGCUGGCACGUCAGUACAGUCAGCGCAUCAAAAAUAACAGACCAAUAGUCUGGCAGAGGAACCGAGAACCAGCAAAUCAGGGCUUCAGGAAUAUGCCUGCUGUCCAGGAGGAGAAGAUGCAACUAAGGAAAAAGGGUAAACCCAACCUAAGAUUGCCAUCGAACGCUUGCGAUCAGGCGCUCAUCCCAGAAGAGCAUUCUUCAAGCCCAGUCCAGAGCCCCAGCUCUGGAGCCACGUCCCAGAGCCCACUAACCUGCCCACAAAGCCCACACUCCACAGACACCUCCCACUGGCCUGACGUACAGGAGCUGCGCACCAAAUACACAAAGACCUCCCACUUCUCAAAAGUAACCCGCAGCUGCACUGUGCCAAACGGGAUGCUGGAGCGCUGUACAAACAGGUGUAAUGGCUGCUCACACAAGUACAGUAGCUCCUCUGACCUUCACAAAGCUCUGGCAGACUGUCCUAGGACAACAGUAGACAAGGAAAGGGGUCCUGUGGUGGAGGACUGGUCCCAGCGCAAGCCCCUGCUGUGCAGAUGGAACUCCUUGGACCACAUGCUUGGGUCUCUUCCCCUCCAUGAAGUGCAGAACCUUCAGGAACCUGUAAGGACCUGCUGCACAGCCAGUCAGGCGUCUCUGAUAACAAGAGAAACUGGCAAACUAAGAGACGAGGACAACGCUCUCCAGGAGGAAUCAGACUGUGCCGCAAAGUCUGCUGCCCUGAAGAUGACAGAAAGUAAUUUAGUGAAAAGCUUACGGGAGAAGUUCCAGAGUUUAAGCACAAGCUCGUAAAUUAUGUACAUUUUUAAUAUGACAGACUAUCAAAUGGAAACGUUAACUGCCUGUUACCUGAUGCUACCUUCCUGUUUUCCCCAAAAAAUCUGCACAUUGUUUUUAGUAUAAAGGGUCACCGUGGUGAUGUUAAAAACCAGUGAAACAAAAAAGGGAUAUUAUUGGUCACUGGUGAGGGCGAGGGUGGGGUGAGAGUGUAUUGCAAUAUUUGUACAUAGGGUAUUUGUCUGCACUGUACAAUACACGUUUAUGUAAAAAUACGUAUAGUCUCCUGUAUGAAACUGAAGAUUAGGUUCUACUUUAUUAUUAUAUGCAUCCUUUUGGUUCCCUUCCACUGUUGGUGAUUCUUGCCAUAAUCACUAUAUUAUCAUUUAACCAUGUAAACUGUAAGCUGGAGUUUCAGGGGUUUCAGCAAAAAAGGAACUAAAGUCUCGAGAGAGAAGUCUCUGAGCAUACACCAAAGAGUUUCCUUUUAACAUUUGUUGACUUGUAAUGCAUGUGGGCACAGCAGUAAUUUGCUUCCACGUCUACUGUAGCUGCUUCUAAAACUGUUUUUACACACUGUAUCACUGGAGCUUUAUUUUUUCUCAACAAGUUGUCUAUUUUCUUUAAUAUUAUUUAUGAAACUGUACAUUUCGGAGAGAUUGGCCUCGUGUAAAUACUGGCAAGUAGCAACCUUUUUUUCUUUUCCAUUCCAGAAAAUAUAUUGUUUCAUACUUGAAUUUUCCCAUAUUUUCAAUAAAAACAGAAAUGGUAAUUGUC